UCUUAAAAUGCGAAAGGUCAACCCGGAAGUAAAAAGUCACACGCGCUCGAGAACAUCAUGUCGCUAAACGGAACAGCAAAAAAUCCCAAACCUGGGGCUUUUCAGUCUGAAGAUAGAAUUUGCUGGAGGAAAAGGAAAAAUGAACUCAAGGAGAGUAAAAAGGAGCGGAAAAUGGCCAAACUUAUUAAAACAUUGGAAAAGGAGCGACAACAAGAGGUUGAAGAGGACAGCAAACAGGAAGAAAGCCAAAGUGACAAAGGUCGGGCUUACACAGUUAGUGUGGCGCUACCAGGGUCUGUCCUUGACAACGCUCAGUCCCCAGAACUCCGUACGUACUUGGCGGGACAGAUCGCCAGAGCCUGCGCGGUGUUUUGUGUGGAUGAAAUAAUUGUUUUUGAUGAGCAAGGCGAAGAUGUGAAGAGCGUUGAAGGAGAUUUUAAAGGUGUUGGGAAAAAAGGCCAAGCUUGUAUUCAGCUUGCACGAAUUCUUCAGUAUGUUGAAUGUCCACAGUAUCUUCGCAAAUGUUUUUUCCCAGUGCAUAAAGAUUUACAAUAUGCAGGUUUGCUAAAUCCUCUGGACAGUCCUCACCACAUGAGGAUGGACGAGGAGUCGGACUAUCGGGAAGGAGUCGUCCUCAACAGACCGCCGAAACAAGGAAAAGGCUCAUUAGUCAAUUGUGGGAUGAGAAAAGAGGUUCGCAUUGAUAAGCAACUGCAGUCGGGGUUACGAGUCACAGUGAAGCUCAAUAAGAUGCAAAAUCAAGACAGUAAACUUUACAAAGGAGUUGUUGUGCCUCCACACGUGCCUAGAACAGAAGCUGCUCUCUACUGGGGUUACACGGUCCGGCUCGCUUCUUGCCUCAGUGCAGUUUUCACUGAGGGCCCACAUAAAGGAGGAUACGAUCUGACAGUUGGAACCUCGGAGAAAGGCAACACCUUGGAACAAACCACACUGUCACCAUUCAAGCAUCUCUUGGUGGUCUUUGGAGGUCUUCAUGGUUUGGAAGCGAGCGUGGAUGCCGACCAGAACCUGAAUGUGACAGACCCCAGUCUCUUAUUUGACCUUUAUCUCAACACGUGUCCCGGUCAGGGCAGCAGGACUAUCAGAACUGAGGAGGCCAUCUUGAUUUCUAUGGCAGCGUUGCAGCCGAAGAUUGCAGCUGCUUUCUGAAAUAUUUUCCCAUCAAUGGUAAAAGAAAUAGCUGUAAAUAAACAGAAUCAUUCCUCUCAGGA